AUUCCCUACACCCGUCACACCAACUGUGGUUUUACAAGGAUGCGCUUUGAUUUCCAAAACUUAAAAUUUUCGAUGAUUUUCAUAUUUUUGUGGAACAUCAUAGUCGGAUUUUUACUUGCUCUUGUAAAGAUUUUCAAAAUCUACAUGUAUCUUGAUCUGCCUGAAAAUGUAUGGGUAAAUCGGUUUGCGCAUGUUAUUGCUCUUAUUGGAUCAAUUGCUUCAUUGUGGUUAAUUUUUUUUAGCCCAUUUGAAAUUAAGCAAGGAAGAUUUUCUGUCUCGUCAAAAACUAUCCUGCUUCUUGUUUGCAAGGGUUUGAUUGGCUUGAUAUUUCUUGCACAGAUUUUCGCCCAUGUCCUUUACAUUGACCCAUGCCAGAAUAUGCUCUUAUCAUUGAACUCUGCACUGUUCUCCUUGCUGCUGAAUUAUUAUGAGUCUCGUGGUGCGAUCCAUCCGUUGAUGGAAUUAGUUCAAACAGCUGGCCUGAGACCAACUUUGUGCGCUGCUGUACGAUUUAAUUGUCUCAACUCAACUGCUCAUAUUGAUCCAAGUGUUGAAAAUCCAUGAAAUUGAUCGAUGUGUAGAAGGCUGCCAAAUAAGAUAUAGAAAAUUUUUGAUUUGGUAUUAUGAAUAAAGUUUAUUUGAUUAGU